AUGCCUGACAUACAAUCUCCCAUCGCGUUCCUGCGCUCCCAAUUCUUCUCCAUCCCUCCCUACCCCACCAAGAAAUACACCGGUCAAACCAUCAUUGUCACAGGCAGCAACGCCGGCCUCGGUCUCGAAGCAUCCCGCCACUUCGUGCGUCUCGAUGCCGCCAAAGUCAUCCUCGCAGUUCGCAACCUCGAAAAGGGCGAGGCGGCAAAGAGAUCCAUCGAGGAAGCAACAGGACGUACCGGUGUUGUCCAAGUGUGGCAGCUUGAUCUUGCUCACUAUGAGUCGGUCAAGCACUUCGCAAAGCGUGCGCAAGGCUUGGAAAGACUUGACAUUCUGGUUGAGAAUGCGGGAAUCGUGACCUUCAAUUUCUCCAUGAUGGAAGAUAACGAGUCGAGCAUUACUACCAAUGUUGUCAGCCCCAUUCUGCAUUCACUGUUAUUGCUGCCCAAGUUGCGAGAGACGGGUGUGAAGUUCAACACGCUGCCACGGCUUGUAUUUGUGACAUCUUUCGUCCACUGGAUGACGCAGUUUCCUGAGCGCGAAGAGGAGAAAAUCUUUGAGGCGCUCGCAGACGAGAAGAAGGCUAGAAUGGAUGACAGAUACAAUCUCUCCAAGCUCCUCGAAAUGUACGCCGUCCAAGAGAUAGCCGAACAAAUCACCGCGUCUUCCAAGAAAGGAAAAGUCGUCGUCAACCAUUCCAACCCAGGCUGGGUCGUCACGGAAGUCAUGCGUGAAUGGACAGGUCUCAAGCUCUUCAUCUUCAAGGUCUUCAGAACCAUUUUAGCUCGCUCGACGGAAGUAGGUAGUAGGACUACUGUCAAUGCCGCUGAGGGUGGAGAAGAGACGCAUGGGCAGUUCUUAGAUGAUUGUACGAUUGGGGAGCGCUCACCUCUACUGCAGGAUAAGGAGGUGCAGAAGAGGGUAUGGUCCGAACUGGCUGAGAAGCUUGAGAACAUCCAGCCUGGCAUCCUCCAGAAUCUUUGA